AUGCCCAAGUGCAUCAGGUUCGGGUGGUUCCUGCCCUAUACUCCAACGGAUCAUGAAUACGGUGGUUGGAAGCACCAUUACAUUGCUUGUGUGUCCAACUUAGACUGGCUGACACCUAGGGAAGCUGCCGCUGUUUAUGGGACCCUGAAUGAACCCAAAACAGAAGAUGAGGAGCUACAGGAGAGACAAAGAGAAAAGCGCCUAAGGAAAAUAAUGUGGGAGAAAAUUGCACUGCGUAAGAAGGAGUUAUUCCGGGCCCGACCCCCUUGGGUGAGUGGAACAGGCUGCUCUAGAUUGUUGCAAUCCCAAUGCCAGCCACGUCUCUCCCAGACUGUGAGGGAUCGAGUGGGACUACACGAAGCUUUGGAGAAACGGCUUGUUUUGGCAUCCUUGGAAGCUUUACCCAAGCGAAGAAAUGUUUCUGGAAGAUAUUCCUACCCUCUACUAUCAAAGAAAAAUUGGCGUGGAGUUUUUAAAAAUGAUGACAGCCCUUCAUGUGCUCUGCCACCACACUUCAUAUUGAUAUCAUCUCGGAUUCCUGCAUAUGAGAUGGUGGUGGACAGUGUCAGGGCGGGUGUCACCUCUGUGGUGUACGAACAUAGCGGCAUGACCUUGGAGAGCCUGCUGUACCUCAUAGACAAAGCUCUGGAUGGGCAGAAGGCACAGAGUGUGGGAAUAUUUAGUGAUGGAGAUAGCAGAGAAAUCAACUUACUGCAAGGCUAUAAAAUCGGUAUUAAAAAUUUAUUGAAGCCAGAGGUGAGAGACUUCUGGGAGAAAUUAGGCAGCUGUGUGGCCCCUGAAGAAGAAGGGGGUCACGUGGACCUCUUCGUGCCACUCGGAGCAUCAGAUGCAGGCGUAGAAGUUCUUUCUCAGCUGUCUCAACUAACUGGCACGUUAUUUACUGCCCCCACCGGGAUUGCAACUGGCUCUUACCAGCACAUUCUUAGCGACUGGCUGGGACCCCCGCAGGGAAGGGCUCCGCCCUCCAUCUACUUCAGCGAAUCGAAGCUGCAGACGUGGUCCAGCCUCACGGACUUCCUGGAAGACACCUUGAAAUCAGUAAGGAAACAGUUAAGUCCUCUCUUCAAGGAGUUGCAGAAGAAUGUCAGUGGCAGGAUGAUCGGACAGUUCAUGUUUGACACCAUGGGCGUGACCGACACUCUGCACAACCAAGAGAUCGCACGAGCUCUGGCAGAUGGACUGACGGAGCUUUUAAGAGAAAAUUCUGACAAACCUCUGGAAUUUUUGUCACAUUUUCUGUUGAAGAAAUGUAGUGAAAAGAGCAAAGAUCUUGAAGGAAAUGCUAUUCUGACAAAACCAGACCCAAAGGCGACGUUCCACUCAUUCGUGAAGGAAAGAAACGCUAUGGAAGACAAUCCUCGGGACACAAAAUCAAGUCUCAGCCAAAGCGAUCCAGAUUUUGGGGUGCUGGUUCAGCUGGAGAGAAAGCUGCAGAUGGACUCAGCUGUGAAGCGAACUCGAGUGGCCGGGGAGCUCUUACAGAGCGAGAGAAGAUACGUGCAGAUGCUGGAAAUAGUGAGAGAUGUUUACGUGAGGCCACUGAAGGCAGCGUUGUCCUCAAACCGAGCGAUUCUGAGUGCUGCAAACAUCCAGAUCAUUUUCUCUGAUAUUCUGCAGAUUUUAAGUCUCAACAGGCAGUUUCUAGGUAACCUGAGAGACAGACUCCAGGACUGGGGCCCAGCUCGCUGUGUGGGAGAAAUAUUCCUAAAGUUUGGAAGCCAGUUGAACACCUAUACCAAUUUCUUCAACAAUUACCCUGUUGUUCUGAAAACUAUUGAGAAGUGCAGAGAAGCGAGACCAGCAUUCCGAGCUUUCCUGAAGAGGCACGAUAAGACUGUCGCUACCAACAUGCUGAGCCUGCCGGAGCUGCUCUUGUACCCAUCCCGAAGAUUCGGAGAAUAUAUUCAUCUUCUCUACGCUUUGAGGCUUCACACCCCUGCAGAGCACGUUGACCGUGGGGACUUGACCACUGCAAUUGACCAAAUCAAAACAUAUACAGGUUACAUAGAUCAGAUGAAGCAAAGCAUCAACACGAAAGAUCAGCUGUCAGACAUACAGAGAAGCAUCUGGGGGUGCCCUCCUCUCUCAGAAGCACACAGAUAUCUGAUUAGGGUCCAAGACGUAGCCCAACUUCACGGCUGCGAUGAGGAAACAAGUUUCUCUUUAAGGCUCUAUGAACACACCCGAGAUCUCAGCCUUUUCCUCCUCAACGAUGCACUGCUUGUUUGUAGUCGGGGCACAUCUCACACUCCAUUCGAAAGGACUUCGAAAUCGACCUACCAGUUCAUUGCAUCUGUGGCCCUACACAGGCUACUUGUAGAAGAUAUUCCAGAUUCCAAAUAUAUCAAGAAUGCAUUCAUUCUUCAAGGUCCAAGACAUGAAUGGAUUUGCGCCACAGAAGCAGAAGAUGACAAGUUCCUGUGGUUGUCUGUACUCCAAAAUGCAAUCAAAAGUACAAUGUAGAAGUGAGCCUGGACUUUUUAAAAAAAAAUUCAGGGCCACUGGUUCUCCCUGGCAAAGAGAGACAACAUGCAUUUUCUGUUCCAGGUUAAGUUUUGUGAGAGGAUGACCUAGGAUAGCCCAUAAGGUUCUGUCUAACUUAUACACUUCACCAUCUAUGUUCAAUCAUCUGAAAUGUAGAAUAAGGACAAGUCCACGGUUCUGAACCACUUCUUUUGCUAGUUGUUUUUCACAGACAGUAUUAGUUACUUGAUUUACAAAACCUAAGACAGAAUAAGCAUACUAUGUAUUCAAAAUUUUGUUUUAUGAUCUAAUAAAAAAUAAAAUCACAAUGAAAAGGGUUCCUUAAAUGAUCAGUCUGGAGAAAUAUUUUAAUUUGUUGGU